AUGGCGCCCGUCCUGUUGCAAGCCUUGUCGUCCUCUCUCUUGGUCGGCGCGGCGCUUCACUGCUCCGCGACCGGAGCAGGAGAGACGACAGCCGAGCCAGAGUCUAUCAUCACCAUCCCGGAAGACGGAGUGGAUGUUGACGAACAGACAGUCGUUUGGCUGGGGCCCUCGAAAGCCUUUCGCGUCGUCGACUCCACAAAUGCAGCUAUUUUUAUGCCGCAGUUGACUGAAGCGCCUUCCGCAGAGCCUUCGUCUGAGCAGAUGAACAGCGUGGCGUAUGUGUUUGAGAACGGUGGGUGCGAUUUCACAAAAACCGUAGAGUACAAAAAGUUAUUUCCUGAUUAUCAGAAGCCGUUGUGGGUUCGUGACCCGGCUGUGAAGCCUUUGGACGGCGAGGAAGAGUCGCCGGCACCGGCUGCGAAUUACACGUUUACGAAUCCUCCUGCAGACGUGGUUGGCGAUGGGGCCAGUUUCUGUGUGAGGUUCAUGAUGAAGCGCACUCCGCAGUCUCCGCCUGUGCAGCCAGAAGGCUCACAUGUGGGAACUGAGCACGACGACAAGCAAGAUGCCAACUUCAAUGACACUUCCAAGGUCCCCGUCGAGGCUGCUCCUACGCUGAAGGCUGGCGCUGAGAGCCCGAGUCGCCCUGGAGGAACGAACAGUUUUCAAGAGUCAGACAAUCAUGCGCAUGAGAUAAGACAAAGCCCGUCUGUUCAAGACGAAGAUCAAGUCGUCAAUAGAGGCCCUGACGGUGGCUCAACGCCAGGUUCCAAAGGGGAUUUGGAAGAAGACCGAAAAGAGCAUUCUCCCUCAGCCCUGCCGCAGGCAGGACCGGCACCGCUCAAAGAACUUGCGCCAGAAUCAGAAGUGAAAGGUCCUCCAAUUCUGCCAAGUCCUGACCAUCAAAAAAUCAACAGUGCAAGCGAAAGCGUCUCGAGCUCGAUAAGUCCUAAGGGUCAGGGCGCAGGCGCGGCGGGCCCCGGAAAACUGCAGCCCGGUGUUCAAGAGACGGCCGCUGAAGUGCCCAAUGGAGGAGUCAAGAAGGACGAAGAAGGUGCGGCAGCAUCCUCAUCAAGUGUAGCGCUUGCUGGCAAUCAGCUACACCAGCCGCAGGCACGCUUAAGACGGCUUUCAGGGGCGGCUCAGACGGCAGACAAAUACCUCACCAUCGUCGUGCAUUCUGCUGCCUGGAGUGUUGCUGGCGGACUUGUAGCUUCUCUCCUAGCUUUGACUGCCUCGCUGCUCACUGUUUUCUAA